AUGUUUCGGAACACUUUCCAGUCCGGUUUCCUCUCGAUCCUCUAUUCUUUGGGCAGCACACCUCUAGAAAUAUGGCAAGCCAACGUUCGUAAUGGACACAUCAAGCGCAUCACCGAUGAGGAUAUUGCCAGCAGCGUGCUAGAAAUUUCCGCAGCCAAUGUGAGCACAACCUACGUGAGUUGCCCUGCCGACAAAGCCAAGACACUCGGCAUCAAGCUGCCCUUCCUCGUCAUGAUAGUAAAAAACAUGCAGAAAUUCUUCAGCUUCGAGGUGCAAGUCUUGGACGACAAGAACGUCCGCCGGCGAUUUCGGGCCUCCAAUUAUCAGGCAAACACACGUGUGAAGCCCUUCAUCUGCACCAUGCCCAUGAGACUCGAUGAGGGCUGGAACCAGAUCCAAUUCAACCUGGCUGAUUUCACCAGGCGUGCAUAUGGCACAAACUACAUCGAGACGCUCCGGAUGCAGAUACAUGCAAACUGCAGAAUAAGGAGGGUGUACUUCUCGGACAGAUUGUACUCAGAGGAGGAGCUGCCACCGGAGUUCAAGCUUUUCCUGCCAUCCCAGAAGUGA